AUGUCCCUCAAUAUGUCAAUUUGGUUAGUUAUUUUCCUUCAUAUUUAUUCAGUCUUAGCUUCUGAUUCAGAUCCAGUUCAAGACUUCUGCAUACCAAGAUCCGAGUUUUCAUCCAUUUUUGUCUCCUGCAAGAAUUCAUCCUUAGUAACCGUCGAAGAUUUCGUGUUUUCUGGCAUAAAAAGCCCAGGAGAAUUCAGUAAAUCUGGAUUUUCAUCCAUUCCAGUUAGUGUUAGUGUCUUUCCUGGUUUGAACACAUUAGGCAUGUCGUUUGUACGCGCUGACUUUGAGCCAGGGAGCAUUAACGUUCCACAUUAUCAUCCCCGAGCAACUGAGACUGCUUUCGUUCUAGAAGGAAAGAUUUAUUCGGGAUUUGUUGAUUCAAGAAACCGAGUUUUUGCAAAAGUGAUUGAGAAAGGGGAGGUAAUGGUGUUUCCUAAAGGCCUAAUACACUUUCAGAUGAAUAUUGGAGACUCGCGGGCCACAAUUCUUGGGAGUUUUAAUAGUCAAAAUCCAGGUUUGCUGAAAAUCCCAUCUGCUGUUUUUGGAUCAGAAAUUGAAGAGGAGGUCUUGAUCAAGGCUUUUGGAUUGAACAAUAAGGAAUUGGCCAAGUUGAAGAAGAAGUUUCUCCCUAUUAGCUGA